GCCGUAGGGGAGAAAGCAGUGAGAGAAGAGUUUCCUGAUGCCAUUAUCAUGAAGCCAUCUGAGAUGUUUGGGAGAGAGGACGCUUUCUUCAACUAUUUUGCAAACAUGCGCUGGUUCACCAAUGCUAUUCCACUAAUCGCCAGGGGAAAGAAGACCGUGAAGCAACCUGUUUAUGUGGUGGAUGUGGCCCAAGCCAUUGUCAAUGCUAUAAAAGACCCUGAUGCUAUUGGAAAGACAUAUGCACUAGUAGG